AAGGUAUAAAAAAAACCCUAAUUUUGAAUUUGGAGAAGAUCCAGCGAUUCCAGCACGAAAGGUGGCAUCCAUGGCGGAGGCCGAGCGCGACGAGCUCGCGGAGUCGCUGGCGCAACUCUUCACCAGCGUCUCCACCAUGGUAAAGGGCGAGCUCGAGGGAACAAAUAAUCAGCUAAAGCUUUUGGAGAAGAUGAACCAUAGAGUGACAGAAGAGUACAAAAGCUUCGGCGAUGUUGCUUCUGGGUUGAGUGUCUUCGUGGAGCAGCUGAGUGCGAAAAACCGCAGUUUUGAUGAGUAUCUUCAGCAGAUCGAUACAAUAGAGCAGCAAGUCACAGAAUUUGAAGCUGUCAUUUCGAUGCUCGAUAAAUAUGUGCUUUUACUAGAAAAUAAAGUUCAAUCAGCAUAUAGGAACACAACUGGUCAAUAAUUUUUCCUAUUUUCCCUCGGAUUAUUUUCACAUUCUUGUGACUGCUCCAUGUUUCAGAGUAUGGAACAGAAUGAAACUAGAUAUUGAUUGAAUCAUGAUGUAAUUAAUUUUCUCUAGCUUGGACUGACUAUGUGUUAAUUGAUUACUUGACCAGGGUUAUUUGAAUAAUUUUAAUGCAUUUUACUUAAUUAAA